AGCUAGUGUAGCACUCCAGUACACUAGCGACUUCACUGUUAAGAUGUUUACUGCAAGGUUGACCAAACGAAACUGCUCCUCGAAUGUUGUUGGAUGACGAUAAAAUGAUUACGAGGUAAACUGGUUUUUUGGUUUUGCUGCUCCCAUCCUUCCCAACAUUUCUCGAACGUUAAGUCCUCAGAUUCAUGUAGCCAGUCCGCUAUUUGCUGAAUACCGAACACAACUUCGCCAACACCACCAACGUAAUGGACCUCAAGACUUGCCUCCACGUAGUCCUCUUCGCUGUCGUCGCGACUGCCGCCGCUGCUGAGGACCCACUGUAUAAGCCCCCGCCGUAUUGUGAUUUGUCGACAGGUUGCCAGCCGUUAUACUCAGAAGCGAACCUUGCAGUCAGCAAGGCAUGCCGUGACGAAGGUAACACGGGCAAUGAUUUCCACAUCUGUUGCGUCGAGAAGUGUGGCGUGACUUUCGCUCCCAAUUCUGUGACGAAGUAAAGUCUACUGGUUUGAUCGGUGACAGUCGACAGUUGUAAGACAAUCCGCACCGCCUGAGCUAAACGCUACAAAAUUUACAAUUUACGAUAUAUCUUGGGUUUCAGCCACUUGUUCGGACAAAAAUUGGAUUUCCUACGAUCGUUUGAAUACCAUAGAAUUCCGCACACUACAUGACAUAACUACACCGAUCACUCUAUAAUAAU